AUGACACGAAUUACAUUUCUUCAUCCAGAUCUUGGUAUUGGAGGAGCAGAAAGAUUAGUAAUAGAUGCUGCUUUAGCUUUAAAGAAAGGAGGAUAUGAGGUUAAUUUCGUGACAACUCAUCAUGAUCCUGAACAUUGUUUCUCUGAAACAAAAGAUGGAACAAUUCCUGUUACAGUUGUGGGAAAUUGGUUGCCUAGACAUGUUUUUGGUAGAUUUUUCGCACUUUUUGCUUAUAUUCGUAUGAUAUAUGCAGCUAGCUAUAUUAUUUUUUGUGAACAUCGACCAGAUAUUGUAUUCUGUGAUUUAGUUUCUGUAUGCAUUCCUAUUCUUCGAUUACGAAUUCCAUAUAUAAUUUUUUAUUGUCAUUAUCCAGAUCAGUUGCUUUCACAAUCAAAGGGAAUUAGUAAACAAUUAUAUCGUGCACCUCUUAAUUAUUUAGAAGAAUUAACAACUGGAAUGGCACAUAAAAUAUUUGUAAAUAGCAUAUAUACACUUUCUGUGUUUAAACAUACUUUUAAGAAAUUAUGUAUUGAACCUGAAGUUUUAUAUCCUUCUAUUAACACUGAUUUCUUUGAUAAAACUCGAAUAAUAUCUUUAGAAAGAAUAUUUGAUAAAAAAUUGCCAUCAGAUAGUAUUAUAUUAUUGUCUAUUAACAGAUAUGAACGUAAAAAAAAUUUAGAAUUAGCAAUAGAAGCAUUGGCAGAACUUCAAAAAUAUUUGACAGAAGAAGAAUAUAAAAAAGUAUAUUUAAUUAUGGCUGGUGGAUAUGAUAAAAGAGUUGAAGAAAAUGUAGAAUAUUACUUGGAAUUAAUAGGACUUGUUGAUGAAUUACAUGUAACAGAAAAAGUAAUAUUUCUUCGAUCUCCUUCAGAUAUUGAUAAAAUAUCUAUUUUAUAUCAUUGUAAAAUUAUAUUAUACACACCUCCAAAUGAACAUUUUGGUAUUGUACCACUUGAAGCAAUGUAUAUGAGUAAACCAGUAAUUGCACAUAAUUCUGGUGGGCCAAAAGAAUCUAUAAUUUCUGGAGUUACUGGAUUUUUGGUUGAUUUAUCUGGUGAUGCAUUUGCUUCAAAAAUAGCUUAUUUAAUUAAAAAUCCAGAAUAUAUUCAAAAAUUUGGAAAUGCAGGUAAAGAUAGAUUUAUAAAAACUUUUAGUUUUGCUGCAUUUAAUGCUCAAUUAAACGAAGCAAUUGAACAUUUAAUAAGUAAUAAAAAAAUAAAGUAAUAAUUAUUAAAUUUUUACAAAAAAAAUUUGAAUUACAAUUUUAUUAUAUACUUUAUAUAAUAUAAACUGUGAUAAAUAUUAAUAAAAAAUUAAGAAUUGAAUUUUAUAAACUCCAAUUUGUUAACAAGAUAUAUUCAUUACAUCAAUUGCAAUUAUCAAAUUUUUUAAAUAUAAAAUUUUUAAUAUAUAAUUUAUAUAAAUAAAUUGCAAAUUAUAAUUUAUUAAAUUAUUUAUAUAUUAUAAUUAUUUAUUAGCACAAUUAUUAUUUCAUUUUUAUUUCAUAUUUAUCUCAUUACAAAAAAAAAUUGUUUCUUUAUAUUAUUUAUAUUACUCUUUUUUAUUACUGAAAUAUUAGUAUUUUAUAAGAUUAUAAAUUUUACUUAUUUAUUAUUUAUAUUGUGUAUACAAUUUAUAUUAAAAUUAGAAGAAGAAUAUAUCAAUGUUUUUAUUAUA